UUUGUUUCUAUAGUAGCAAGCAGUCCAACAAUAUUUCUCACUUUACAUGCCUCGAAUUUCAGGCGAGAAACAAUGCUAGAGUAUUGAUUACCGGCUCAUUGAGUAUAUUCAGCAAUCGAUUGUUCAGAUCAAGUGUGCAGAAGGCUGGGAGCUCAACCUGGCAUGAGAAAGCAGGAAACGAGCAGUUCUUCACUGAAAUUAGCAAAUGGAUAGUCCAUGAGAGAGGACAUCUGAAGGCUGUGAAUGUGAAACACAAUAAAGUUGGGGAAGCUGAUGAACCUGCGAUGUAUAGGAUCAAUGAUGACCUGGAAUACUCCAUUGAGAUAUACGAAUGGUCUGGAAGCAGCUGGGAACCAUAUGUUUCAGAUGAUGUUCAAGUUCAGUUUUACAUGAUGAGCCCUUAUGUUUUGAAAACUUUAUCUACUGACAAAAAGGGUGUCUAUUCUACUUCAUUUAAGGUUCCAGAUGUCUAUGGUGUUUUCCAGUUCAAGGUUGAAUACCAAAGGCUUGGAUACACUAGCUUGUCCCUAGCAAAGCAGAUUCCAGUACGACCUUUCAGACACAACAAAUAUGAAAGAUUUAUUCCAGCUGCCUAUCCCUAUUAUGGUGCAGCAUCCUCUAUGAUGGCGGGCUUCUUUCCCUUCACCUUUGUCCACUUAUACAACAAGUGGACGUGUUAUACUUUCCCCUCCUUGAGACCUAAUUUUUGUAGAAGUUUUAGCACCUUAUGUUCCAGAAAUUUAUGAAGAUCCAACUUUUAAAGUAUUGCAAGAGAUGGAUGACAAAUUUUCCUCCAAUUUUCCGGAUGCGACGGUAACUAUUCAUGUUUCAUGUACAAAACAUAAAGCCAGGUUGCGAAUUUCUUACCUUUCAGCAACAACCUAUCCCGUCUUUUUACCAGAUGAAGAUGCAUCCAUAAGAGCUACCUGCUAUGAAGCAGGUAAGGGGAAUUGCUCCCUGAUUGUAUAUCUCAAAUGAAACCCUUGCAUCACUUCCUUCCGAUCCUGCCUCAUUGAAACCUUCGGGCCAUGGGUAAAAUUUCACGUUUGGAACGUUCUCUUUCCAUCAGUCAGCAACGCAUCUUACAUUGCAGGACCACAUCUUUUAUCAGAGUGGUUUGCGGCUCAAGUGUGUGUCCGGGAUGGAGUUUGAAAGUAGCAUGCUCAUUAAGACAUAGGCGACGACUUUGCGAGGUUGCAAUAUUUUCAAAUGAAAGAGGAAAUACAGACGGUUUGUGGCUGUUUGAACAUACUUUAGAGAUCGAAUGUGCUCUAUCCAUCGCCCAUGGACAAAUAGAUGGUCCUUGCCUUCUCGGUAGGACCGUGAUUUGCGUCCACCGGUUCAGGAGAUUGAAGGUAUCGGAAAUGCAUCUCUUUUAGACCAGUACGUGAGUUAUCCGGUUUCAUGGUUUGUGACGAACAAACUUGACCUGGUUAGAGAACGAUCUUUUAUGGACAUUGGAUUGCUUUGAAGGAAACUGUUUCACUCUUUGCUCAUUUGAUAUUGAAUUCUGUACAGAAAAAAGAAAACAGCAAACAUGGUACCCUAAGCUAUUUUCAUGAUGAUACUUAGCUUAAUGGUCUGUUACAUGUCAUAAUCUUUAAGGGGGUACAGUAUGUACACGGAGGUAUGAUCUCGGACAGGCAAAA